GCGCGGCCGGAAGUGCGCUCGGUGCGCUUGCGCAUUGGGCUUCUGCGCGACCCGGCAGAGACCAACAUGGCGUCUUAGGCCCAUCGACCCAGCGUCAGCGGGCGAGCGACGCGGCCGCCGCCAUCAUGUCCCGGCACAGGAACGUCCGAGGCUACAACUACGACGAAGAUUUUGAGGAUGAUGAUGUGUAUGGCCAGUCAGUAGAAGAUGAUUAUUGCAUUUCUCCUUCUACAGCAGCUCAGUUUAUCUACUCCAGACGAGACAAACCAGCUACGUUUGCUGAGCCGUUGGAGGAGGAAUAUAGUUAUGAGGAUACGGAAGAUACUGAUUUUACGUCCAACCAUCAGUUGACUGAAGUUGAUAGAGCUCGUCUUAGUUCAUGCCUUGAUCAAAUGAGAGAAGUUUUGGCAGAGUCUGUACCAGAUCAAGCAAUGAUGCAAGCCGUAUUGGAUAGUAAAUUUGAUGUACAGAAGGCUUUGGAUCUUGUGCUUUCACAAGACACUAAGCAAAAUGUGAAGACCAAGGAUGAGGAUGCUGUGAUUGUAAGAAAGACAACAAAAGGAGACUUACUUUGUUUUCCAGAAUUACAUACUAAUAAAAACUGUCUCUCUUGUGCAGUAAAAAACGUUGACAGCUCCAACAAACAAGAGCUUGGAAACUUGACAGCCAAAACUGGUUCAGCUUGUUAUUCCUUAAUUGCAAAUGACAAAAUGCUCCUAAAUGUUGAAAAAUCUGCUAUAUAUUCAUCUGAAAAGAAAGGAUCAAAAUCCUCUUCACUUGGUCUGUCUUCUUCCAGUCAUGAUAACUCUAAAGGAUCAUUUUGUGAGCCUGUGAAUGAGGCAGAGAAUCAGCUAUCAGAAAGUGCAAGUGUAGUAGGUUCAGUUCCUGGCAGUGAAGAUGCUUGCUGUAGCAUAGGAAGUAACCCAUCGGGAAAUUCUUCAUUUACAAAGUUGAAAUGCGAGGAAGCACAGGACUUGAAAUCCUUGCUGAUGCAGAAUGUGGCUUGUGAUUCUCUGAGUUUUAAAGACAGCAUUCCAUCUAUUUCCUCAAAAACUUCUGAUGGCAGUAGUAAUGAAAACUUCUGCAGUCCUUGCAUAACCAGUGCUUUAGGAGAGUUGGCUCUUGGUAAUGAAGUCAGUCAUACUGCAAGUAGAAAGAGUGAACUUGAAAAUUUUUCUUCACCUGUGCAAACUAGAAAGCAAGAAAGCUCUUCUUCAGAGAUGGCUGCAUUGCCAGUAUUAAGGUCUGGAAAUACAUCAUUGGCUGACUUACUUCAGGAGCACCAGGAGAGUGGUGCAAGCCACUGUUAUUCUUUGGCUGAUCUUUAUACCCAGUCAACAGCAGGUAUCGCAGAUGAGAAUUUGGGAACCUCAUCCUUAUCGCAGCUAGUAAGUCAACCACAAACUUCAAGUGGGAUGCCAGAGUUAACAGGAUCUUUGUCUUCUUUAGCCCUCUCUUCAGUUUCUCCACCUAAGGAGGUUGAGAACUUAACGCUCUCUGAUCUAAUAGCAGAGGCUAUUGAAUUAGAUGAUCCUCAACAAAAGCCAGACUUUUCCGUACUCAGUGUAAAUGAAUUGAAGCCCUUGAAAAGAACAAACAUUGAUUUAAGUGUCCUUUUAAAAAAUGCAAACGCACCUGCAGAGCAAAUUGUGAUAGAACAGUCAAAUGUCUUAAUUCCCGAAACAAAACUUUUAAAGGCAAAGCAGGAAAAAUGCUCUGGCUUAGGUAAAACAAAUAAAAACAGAAGAGGGCUUACUUCUAAGAGGCAGGACUUGUCCCUUUCAUGGAUGAAGGCUCUGCGUGCAAGACCUUCAGCAUUUGCUUUAACUUUAUGUCUUCCUUAUCCUCCUAAAGGUUAUAAACGACGCACAGUUGGUAUGCAUAAAGCUUUCCUGUACAGUAGGCAAGUGCAAGAUGUAAAACCUAAGGAAAUUGCUCCUAGAACAGCCAUAACGCCAUUUGACUUCAAAACAGCAUCUCCUGAUGAUAUUGUAAAAGCUAACCAACAAAAAGCUUUUACAAGAAAGUAGCACAAGGAAAAGGGAAAGAAUCAAUGUUUUUAUUGUGGUAUGUUGGAAAAAGGAAUACAUAGGACCUAUUUACAAUCCAGAAUUGAGUUUUUAAAUUUUUAACUGAUGUGACAUUUUUCACUGUAAGAUUGGUAACUGAUUUGUAUGUGAACUUUUUAGCUGUUGCACUGAAUAUCUUUAUUUUUGCCUAAUUUUCACUGACAGUUUAACUUUUUUAACUUUUAUGAAGUCUUGAACUUUAGUAUAUUGAUGUGGCAUGUACAAUAUCUUAUAAACCUCAUUGGACUUCUUGAGACACCUGUCUAGGAGUGUAUGUAUAUAUGUUUCAUUGAGAAGAGCACUGAAGUAUUAUUUUUCUGAAAUAACUCAGUUUUGCUAUAUAGUGUAUAGUUUGGGGUUUGGGAACCUUGGUUUAGAUUGCAGCUGUCUUAUUAAAUGUUCUUAAAGCUUAAUCUCCUGAAAGGGUAUGCUAUUAAACUGCCCCUCCUGUAAUUCAUUAUUUCUCCUCCUGUUCUCUUUAUUGUAUUUAGACAGAAAAUCCUUCAUUUUUUAAAAAAGCCACACUAACCUCAGGUUUUGAUUGAAAGUUGGAAUAGGACUUGUAUCGUUUUUAAUAGGACCAAAUUUGUUGGGGAGCAAGCACUUACAUUUGAAACUGCAUCCCCUUUCUUCCAUUUUCCACUCAUCUGUCAAAAUGUGAUUUUCAGGAUUUUACAGCAGCUGUUUUCUAGAUAAACAGUUUCACAAGAAGUUUUAGUAGAAUUCUAUCGUUUGUUUUCAAGUCUUUCAGAAAAGCAUUGGAUUAACUUUCUGAAUUUGGCAUGGGUUUCUUUGUUAAUGGAAGAAAACAUUUCAGACAAAGUAUAGGUGCUGUUUUAUCUGUCUCCUGUCUGUUUUGAAAAGAGCUUCCAUAGUGUUGUACGCAUAUUGUUUUCUACUAUCACUGUUAUUACAAAGCUUUAUACUGAAAAUCAGAAUUGGGACAUUUAAAACUGACUUUUUUUAGCUGUUGACCAGAUUCAGGUGCCCUUGUUAGUAAAGUUAGUGACGAUGUGUAUCUUUCAUUUUCUGUUUGUAUACAUUAGUAUACAUGAUUUUUUUAAUAAUCCUUCCAAUGUCAGUGUUUAGAUCCUCAUCAGCAAAAUGUGCAAUAGAGGUACUGCUGCAACUAAAAAAAUACAUUUGUUCAUGCACUGUAAUAUGUUUAUUUGUGCUAAACUUGGCAGCUCAUAUAGAAAAGUAGAUCCAGUUUUAAUCUUUUUCAUUUAGCAUGUUAUAUCAAAAAAUGCAACAAAAACUUAAGUUGAUUCCUGACUUCAGGUUGCACUAUAAUUUUGCUUCUAAAUAAAAACAGGUUGCGUUCCAUUGUGCUCAGGUACAAAUUUCACAUUCUGUAUAUUUUGCUUGUUUGUCUACUUGAUGCUCGCUGUUUUGUAGGACUGUCAGCAAUUUGACCUCUCGAAUGACAUUCAUGUUUCUAAUUCUUAUUAAUAAAAGUUAUGAAAUAUAGCAGUGCUGAUGUGCUUAUGUUCUAGAUUACAUGUUAAAUUUAGUCGUCUGUAUCCUUACUUGUUUCAAGUGCCUUAAAACAUUGAAGUCUAAGCAAUACAAUCCAGCAUACAAACCGUGUUCUCAUAAGUUCAUGAGCAGGAACAGAAUUGUUGUACUUCCUUUGCCUUUAGAUUGAGGAUCUACCUUUCUUCCAUAAAUUAACAUCCACGUCGUUUCUUGAUCCUUCUUAAUUUCAUAUGCUUGAGGGAAUUAGAUCAUAGAAAUCUAUGCUGAUUGUACAUGAUUCCACUGAUAGUUUUAAUAGCAAAUUGUACUUUUUUGAGCGGCAUUAAAUACUCUGUAUGUGAAGGAAUGGUGGAAAGCUUGCUAAAGGCAUGCCUGGCUAAAUAUUCAAGACCUUUUUGUUUUUGUACGUUCCAUGUACUCUUUGGACUCUAAUUAAUGUAGAUAUUAUUAAGGUAGAGAUUUCUAAUAGGUAUAUUUUUAAAUUUUCUUGGAAUAUAUAUAUUUUUUUCCCUUUAAAUCUUUGUUGUGUUGAACUUUUCAUUGUUUUCGGCCUGCUUUCUCGAUCUCCUCCACUGUUCUUUGCCUGAAAUUUCUUACAGUUUGCAAUAAACUUAGAGCUGAGUACUGGACAUACAUGGAAAUAUACAUCUAUGAAUGCUUUUGGAGAGCAUAUGCAAGAAGUAGGUGGCAAUGUGUAGUACUUGGAACAGUUUUGCUAUGGGUUUUGUGCUGAUGAAACUUCGAAUAAGUGACUGAAGCCCAAGGGUGUCAGUAUCAUAUGUUUAUUGGCCUUCUUACUGUGGAAUUGGUAUCUUAGUAAAAAACUCUGGAUCUUGUUUGGUAUCUAUAUUUUCAUGUAUACAUAUUUUUUCAUUUGUGUGUAUAUCAGCAUUGCCAGUGAUCUUGAAGAAACAAUGCAUGCUUUUCUGUGUAUAAGGAGUGGGGGAGGGAUUUUUCCUCAGUCUAUAAUUCUGAAUCCUGAAAUGAGGCUUGAAUUAGUACAGAUUUUUAGUCUGGGAACUAAAAAGAUGCCUAAAUGAUGAAUAAAUCUGAUUUCCAAUUCUUAGCAGAGGCUAUUUCAACACUCGUAAAUUUUACUUAAAAAAACAACAAAACAAAACAUAGAUGUUGCUGUGUAUGCUUUGUUGUUACUCCUUAAUUCCUUUAAUCUCGUUAAUGGGAACCAGGUUUCUUUCAUCAGUGAUGGAUUUAAUUGUCUUGGAAUACUUCAUAAUUAUAAUGGCAUAUGGGAUUUUAGUAUAACAACUCUGUUUCUGCCUGUUUUAUGCUUAAAAUAAUCUUAUUUUGUUGGUAUAUAUAUAUAUAGUUUUUUCCCUCAAAUUGCAGCUACUGUGUAUUCUUGGUCUAAUAUGGGUUAGCUGUAUCAUUUCUUUUGGAAUACACAUUAACAUUGUAAAGUACUUGUGGCUAUGUUGACGUGUGGACAUGUAAAAGAUGAUGUCAGGCUACGUAGACGUGGCUUCUGGUAUUUGGACUGUAUAUUCCUAAGGUAUUGCAUACAUUCAGUUUAUUUUGCACAUUAUUCUUAAUUAAGUGGAUACUGAUUUAUUUUUUUUAUAUAUGAAUUAUGUCUUGGAUAUUGCUUUAUGUGCUUAAAUAAAAUGUAUUUGAAAAUACA